GCGUCGCGAGCUGAGGACAUGCUCAAUGGUUUUCGGUCCUCGCUUGGCGUGGCGGGAGGCAUUAUUAUAGCCGUUGUAGGGCAUAGGAGUAUGUAUUAUUCACUCGGCUUGCUCAACAGAGCCUGGGAGAUGAAAAACCAGUGGGCCCACCCUGGAGUCGUUGCAAGUGCAAUGAGGGGGUCGGGCAGGUAUCGCCACUUCAACACUUCUGGGAAAUCAGAGUAGCAAAGCCGGGGCUGUACAACUGCUCCAGUAUAGUCCACAUCAUAUCAUAAUGCAAUCUUUUACACUCAGGGCGCCGAUAAAUGCUGUAACGCACCACCGGUUUGUGGGCGCUUACCGGUGCGCCCACCUGGGCCGAGGCACGCGCGUUUUGACGACUAGGAUGAGUACGUCCGGUAGCGGCUUCGCGGCUCCGGGGGCCGCAGAACAGCAGGAUUCGACGACGAGUGUCUCGAAGGAGGAGCUGGCGCGCCAGCUGGAGGCCACGGCCAACCGGGUGCGGCGCGAAGAGAGACGCAAGGUAGCCUGGAUUUGGACGUCCUUGAUGCUGCUGCUAAUCUGCGUCAUGUUCGUUAUGGGCCACCGAUAAGGUAUUCCCCGCUCAACAGUUCUUUGCGUUGUACAACCAGCUGGAGCUGGCAUUCAUUUGGGCGAUGGUCGCCAUCAGCAUUGUCGUAGUGUACGCCGUGAAGCUGACGGAGAUGCUGGGCUACGUGCCCACGUUUAUGGCAGCCGGGCACCUCACCGCUGCGGCUGAGAUGGCGCAGGACAAGAGGGCAUUUGUGGUCCGCUGGUGGCUGAAGCACCUCAUGCUGCGCCUUCGCCGGUGCGGCAGGCAGAUGGUGCGCCGGGCGCAGUGGCGCAGCAAGUGACACCCGGGCAGGAGGCAGGAGGCGUGGCAGGAGGCUGUUGUGUAGAUGCUGGACGUGAGACAGCCAAGGCCUAGGCUGGGGGUAUAGGCCUGUACGCCCCACUCCCUUAAGUAUAACAAGAGUGUUUGUCGCUCUCCAUUCAGCAGGGUGACAUGAUUAAGGGUCACCCAGGGUUUCAGUUUGGCGUGUCUUCCCAAAUUGGACAGGUACGGGAACGAAAUAUGUGUGUCGAACCUGUGUGCCGUGUAGCCAUGUAGCGGCUUAGUAGCUUAGUGUAAUGCGGAAGUCGGCCUGAAGGCUGGUCGGAGGGGUUACGUUUCAGUGUGCAAGCAGUCUUUUAGUGUGUGCUCUUUCCUUCUGUGAUUGGGCCGUGGUGCAGCGCCACACCCCUGGUGUACAAGUGUCUUAAGUGGUAGUCUCGGUGGUGUUGCGUGUCGGUUACCCCUGCCAAACCAGGCACUGCCGUCGCGUCCGGAACGGUUGGGCCGCUACGCUAAGUCAGGCAUGUGUUUGCUGUGUGUAAGGAGUUUGGUAAGGCGUUUCCUAUCGCCGUGACCUCGGGCUGCACGCUGGGCUUGGGCUCAGGCUGCACCUCGGGCUGCACGUGCAGGUGUCAUAGUCAGGUCGUGUUCGUGUCUGGCGUGAGCUUAAUUGUGAAUGUCUUAUGAUGUUGCGACUAAGUUGAAAAUGAACUCAGGACGUUUCGAGAUAGUCCGGGCGGUGAUUGAUUGACCAGCUGCAUGCCCGCAUGCCCAGGGAAGACAGACACGCGCCCUGAGGCUAGUGGAGGGGUCGAGGGAUUAGCCCCACCCUCAAAAGCAUAAAGAUUAGAGACGCAUAAGCGCAUGUUUGAGUCGAUGGGGCGUGUGAGAAAAGGUUGAUGUCUGGGACAGGCGUGUUAGUGGCGUGUGGGUUUGAUACGGGGUGCCUCCCCCCCCCCCCAUGCUGCGGUGACCACACGUGAGUUGUCUUCCCCUGCUAGCCCGGUUUGACUGCACUCGGUUGGAGGCUGCAUGUGUUGACGGUAGGGAUUGAACUUGGCGACCGCUAGCGCAGCACGCGGACCCAAUUACUGUCUGUAGGCGACUCAUAGUUGAGGUGGAUUACGUAAUCCAGAUUACGUAAGGGCGUGUGCCACGUUGCGCAGGGGUUACGUAAGCGCCUGCAUUACGUUGCGGCCCUGCAUGGGGAUUGUACGACGGAAUGAGGGUCGUACGACGGAAUGGGGCACCCGGCUAGAGUGUUUAGGCAGCGGUCCGGUUGUAUUGGACCAUAUUGGACCAUAGCACCGGGUGUUGAGCAGACGCAUACCUGCCAACCAUCCCCAGGUCACCUGACUCUGAGCUAACGAACACCCCUGCAAUUGUAACGGCAUACGGUU